AGAUGUUUGAGGGGAGGGUUAAUAUCAGAGUUAAGUGUUCUAUGUAUGUAAUAGGUGCAGUAAUAAGUAUGGAUGUUUUGUAUGGUGAGUAGGUUUAGUGUAUUGAAUAUUGGUGGAGUGUGCUGCCUGUAGUGAGAAUUUGUUAUCAUUCUAACUGCAGCCUUUUGUUGGGUAAUUAGUGGUCUGAGAUGGUUAAUUGUUGUUGAGCCCCAUGUUCAUAAUUAGUGAAAGGAAUGUUGCAAUCAUCUGCCUUGCUGAGCAUAAAGCAAACAAGUCUCUCCCUUGCAUCAUAUUUGUCAUUUAAUUUUGCCUGUGUGGUACUGGGCCUGGUGGCUAGAGCUCCUGCUUCACACACGGAGGGCCCGGGUUCGAUUCCCGGCGGGUGGAAACAUUUCGACACAUUUCCUUACACCUGUUGUCCUGUUUGCCUAGCAGCAAAUAGGUACCUGGGUGUUAGUCGACUGGUGUGGGUCGCAUCCUGGGGGACAAGAUUGAGGACCCCAAUGGAAAUAAGUUAGACAGUCCUCGAUGACGCAUUUGACUUUCUUGGGUUAUCCUGGGUGGCUAACCCUCCGGGGUUAAAAAUCCGAACGAAAUCUUAAGUAUCUUAAUUCUUGUAGUCAUUGAUCUAAGGAUCAUCGUGAAGGUGUGGCCGGUCAGCGGCCCUUUUCUGGUAGUGAAAAUCUCUCGACUUGCUUUUCUUUCCAUGAUAUUAUUGACGCAUUUAUCUUCAGCCUUCAACAACGACCAUCAGUCAGGAAGCUGCUUUCAUGUUCCUCUUUCAUACGCCUGAAAUGUGUUAAAAUGGUUGAGAUAGUGAGAGAGAGUUGGUGUGUGGUGAGCCACAGUUACUAAGCUGUGAACAACACUCUGGUAAAUACAUCGUUAUUCUCAGUUAUUCUAUGUGAAGCUAGAGAAGACUCUACCUUGCAACACUUGAUAUAUAAGUUCAAAAGAAGCAACAGAAGUAGACUUACAGUGCUGACACACUUUGUCAUAACCCAGAGCCAGCUCCUAGAAUCAGCAACUCAGCAGUAAGGGUGAAGAGCCAGUGCCAGAAACCAGGAUCAACACAGUGCCAACAACCAGACUCAGUACUCAGUGCCAACAACCAGGAUGAACACACAGUGCCAACAUUCAGGAUAAAGACCCAAUGCCAGUACCAAGUACCAUGAAGUUCGCGUAAGUGGCGGUUAAAAUGCAUGUGUAUAUACAGUGUGAACAUUAUUAUAAUAGUGAUCAUGUGGUCACUACUUUGAAGUUCACCUUAAUAUAGCAGCCACCACACACACUCAUAUAUUAUAUCUGUACUGGUGUAAUACUGUACUUGUAUUACCAAUAUUAUUUGCACUAAUGUUUCUUAAUUUAAAGGUUACUUUGCUUUUUAAUAUAAAUUAGGAGAAUUUUGCUGAGAAUGACUGUCUUGGGGGUGUGGAGAAUUAUUCUGAGUAGUAGUAACCUGUAGUGGAUUUACAUAGUGAAUAAUUUGUCAAUGCUACAGAAGCAAUUAAAAUUGUAAUGGAAUAAGCUGCAUUAUGUUUCCAUUUUUUCUAAAAAAUUGUCCACAAAGCACUGUAGAAUGGUCUUUAAUGCUUUAAGGAAUCAUUAGUAUUGCUAUCUACUUCAAAUUUCUUUUCACCUCAUUCUUAAUUAUCUGAUGUCUUCAUUACCUUGAUUAACUCAGGUCAAUUAUUCCUUCAUUAAUUAUAUUUUUCCUUAAUAUAUUGUGGUAUUUUCUUUGAAAUUUAUUAUUUUGCUACUUGUGCUCUUACCUCCUCAUUACCCUCUGAUAUUAAUAAACAUCUCGUGUGCAUCCUGCCAUUAUUAAUGUUAAUAAGUCAUAACUAACUUGAUUAGCUACAUUGUUUCAACAUGAAGGUUAAACACUAUUUAAUUCCAGUAAUAUAUUGAUACUUCAGUACACAUUUACCACUUUUGUGUCCAUUAUUAAAUAUAUUUUGAAUUUGCUUGACCAUUGUGUAUACUUACUACAAAGAUAACCUUCUGUGUUGUCUUAAUAUAAUUUGUUAAACUUUUAAUGUUGUGUGUUUCCAUGCUUAAAGCAGUUUCUACACUACGUGAGAACUCGUAAUAAAGAAAUAUUAUGACUGGCAUUUUUACGAGUAAUUUAGCUACAAAUUUUCUCUGUUAAGAUAUGAUACAUUGUAUUUGACUCAGGAGAAACUCUAUAUAUCCUUGUUCAGCGUGGUUUUAUGUGAUUUUUAGAUAAAUUAUAUCAUACAACAUAUGAGAGUUUAUUUAAUAUUUAAUUUUUCCUGCUGAAAUUUUCCAUAUCAACCUGUGAAGAGUGAUUUUUUGGUGUAUCCCUUAGCCUUCCCUUGUAUGGUAGCAGUUGAUUUGUGUAUCAUUUACCCUUCCUUUUUAUAGUAGCAACUGUUUUUUACGUCCCUUACCCAUUUUUUGGAUGGUAGCAGCUAAUUUAUUGUGUACCCUACGUAUGUUCUGUGGAUGGGAGCGACUAAUUCAUCUAACCUAUACUCAUCCUGUUUACAUUAUAACUAGUUUAUUGUGUAUACCAUAUCUAUCCUGUGGACAGCUGCAGCUAAGUUGUGGUGAAUACUCAUAUCUAUUGUGAAUGAUAGUGGCUAGUUUACUGCUUAUUCCUUGUCUAUCCUGUUGAUGGUGGUAGUACCUCAUAUCCAUCCUGUGGAUGGUAGAUUAUUUAUGUAACUUGUAUCUAUCCUAUGGAUGGUAGCAUGAGAACAUAUAGAUAAAGGCCUCGGAAUUAUGCCUUUAAUGGCUUAAAAGAAACACGUAAGGGUUUCUGUAAUUUAUAUGUUUUCAAUUCUUUUGUGUGUUUCAAGUACAUGUAGGCUAUAUACUUUACUCAGAAGUCCAAGGGUUUUUGUCAUUAAGACAAUUUUUAACAUAUUAAUGCAUUAUAUCAUCUUCAUAUUCCUCAGUAAGUGGACAGUUAAGGACAGUGUCUUCAACAAAAUACUAAAGCUGAUUACAUUAAUUUAAUCAUCUGGAUAUGCCACACAUUAAAUAUAAUUACAGCCUAAUUCUAGCUACCACAGGCAUUAGUUUGUUUACGUUGCUUAUUGCUCUGUUAAUAAGCUUAUCUGUGUUAAUGUUAUAGUGGGUUAUAGUUCUGCUUAGGCUUCUAACUACAUUCCUGUCACAUUCAGAUUCAUUGUUUAACUCUUAAUGAUAUUUUUAUUGCAUGAUACAUACACUUCUAGAUUACAUUUGAUUUUUUCUCUCGAAGCCCUUUCUUUGAAUAAUUUAUUAGGCUUGCCUUGUAGGAAUAUGUCAGUGUGAGAUAAAAUCCAUGAGAGAUGAACAUUAGUUCCUUCCACUCUAAUGUUUUAUUGUCUAUACCUCACUGCUCCAUUAUGUGAGCAAGGUGCAGUCAAUGAUGAUAGAUAAUUAUUAAUAACCUAGUAAUUGUGCCGUUUCAUUGGCUACCAUUACGAGGACAAACAUGUCGGCAGAAAACCCAUUUAAGUGUUCAGUGUGCGCAAAAGAAUUUUCCCAAAAAUCAUAUGUAAUACAGCACAUGCGGGUUCAUUCUGGCGAAAAACCAUAUCACUGUUCAAUUUGUCUUAAGAACUUUGCAGUUGCAUCAACUUUAAUUAAGCACCUGAGAGUACAUUCAGGAGAAAAGCCUUAUAAAUGCUCAGAAUGUCUGAAAGAUUUCUCUCAGAAAUCAUCACUUAUGAAACAUAUGUUAACACAUUCAGACGAUAAACCAUUUCAUUGUUCACAGUGUCUAAAAGACUUCUCACAAAAAUCAGCUUUAAUGAAACACAUGAUGUCUCAUUCAGUAGAGAAACAGUACAGCUGUUCAUUGUGUUCCAAAACCUUUUCACAAAACUCUCAUCUAAUUCGUCACAUGAGAAUUCACUCUGGAGAGAAACCGUACCAGUGUUCAGUGUGCCUAAAAGACUUUUCACAAAAUUCAUAUUUAAUACAGCACAUGAGAGUUCAUUCAGGUGAAAAGCCCUAUCAGUGCAUAGAGUGUCUGAAGGACUUUUCACAACAAUCAGCUCUGAUACAACACAUGAAAGUUCAUUCAGGGGAAAAACCAUUUAAAUGUUCAGUCUGUCUAAAAGACUUUUCACAGAAAUCACAUCUAAUACAACACAUGAGAGUUCAUUCAGGAGAAAAACCGUAUCAGUGCUCAGUGUGUCUGAAAGAUUUUUCAGAUAAAUCAGCUCUGGUGAAACACAUGAGAAUUCAUUCUGGGGAGAAACCUCAUAAAUGUUUAGCAUGUCAAAAAGACUUCUCCAGGAAAGCAUCUUUAAUACAACACUUGAGAGUUCACACAGGGGAAAAGCCGUUUCAGUGUCCAGUGUGUUUAAAAGAUUUUUCUCUAAAACCAUCUUUGAAAAAACAUAUGAGAGUUCAUUCAGCAGAAAAUCCAUAUUUAGAUUCAGAGUCUCUGGAAGACUUUUCGGAUAAAUCAGCAUUACUAAAACACAUGAGAUCAUUCAGGAUAAACACUUUAUAAGGGUUCUGAAUGCCUGAAUUUUCUUUUACAAAAAUAGUAUCUAAUACAACAACUGAAAAUUACUCAGCAAAGCAACUGUGUUGCUGAAUGUUUAUGUAUUUUGUAAUUUUCCUGGGGAUUGCUGUCCUGUGGCCAGGCUUCUACUGUUUGUCUUAAGUUCCUGUCAGCUGUCAGUCAGUUUGGUUUGCAGGAACUACUUAAUUUCCCUCUUCAAGGCCAUGCUAUUGAUGAUUCACAGUUGUCAUUUUCUUAUGCCUCAUUAUCUUAUUAGGAGUUAUUAGUGUGCAUAAAUUUUAAGUAUUCUGUGAAUUAAGCCAUAUAUCUUGUGUGAUCUCCAGUAAGUGAAGCUGCUUUUAUUAUUAUUAUUAUUAUUAUUAUUAUUAUUAUUAUUAUUAUUAUUAUUAUUAUUAUUAUUGUAGUCUUAGAAAGUGCUAAAUUUUUGAGGUCUCAGGAUGGCAGUUCCUUUACUUAUUGGAGGGGGAUUACGAUCAUCACUGUUGUGAGCUUUGGCUUCCUUAAGAUGGCCAGAACUUAACUAAGCAUUACUCUUUGUGUGUGCAUUGCAUGGUGACCUGUAUACUGUGGUCCCUUUAGCUACGAUGUUAAUCUUCCAGAAAAUGUAUUGUACCUCAACACUAUCAUAACUCAAACCCCCAAAAUACAGUGUAACCCUGGUUUUCAUCUUUAAUCCGUUCCAGAAGGUUGGCUGAAAACCAAUUUGUACGAAUACUGAAGUAAUAUUUCCCAUAAGAAAUAACGUAAAUCCAAUUAAUCCAUUCCAGACACCCAAAAUUAACAAAAAAUACAUUUUAUAGAGAAUAACUAAAGUUUUACAUACAGAAAACAAAGAGAAAUAAAUAUAAAUGACUAAUGAAAUGGAUAAAUGAACAUUUAACCCUUUCAGAGUUGAGAGGCCCUCUCCUAAACUUGUUCUCAGGGUCGAAAAUUUUUUGGAAAAAAAAAAAAAAUUUCUUAUGAAAAGAUAGAGAAUCUUUUCCUGAUCAUAAUGACACCAAAAGUAUGAAAUUUGAUGGAAAACUUACGGAAUUAUGCUCUCAGGAAGUUAGCGGUCUCGACGAUGUUUACGCAUCGGCGAUUUCACUUUGGCCAAUUCCAGUGUACUAGUCGUCAAAAAUCAUAAGUAUUUCAGUAGAACUCCAUUUUUUUCUAUCAAAUGAGUACAAGAAACUACCCAUUUACCAAUUUCAACUAUCCAUUAAAGUGGUCAGAAAUUAGCAAUUUUGCCAAUUUCACACAAAUUUCAAAAGAUGCCAAUUUCCAUAUAGGGUCCAGAAUAAACCAGACAGACAUUCCUGGCACUAAAAUAACAUUUCCUCUGUUCAUUAGUCAUGUCCCCAGGCCCCUCUUACAAUUCUUUUGCUUUCCACUUUGAAUUUUUAUUCUCACAAAAAAUAAAAGAUUUACUGUUAUGCAGACUACUGCAUUAGUGUAGAAAUGGAAUAAAUAAUAUCAGCACACUUGUGAAAGAAUAUUAGACUCACCAGUUGACGUGUAUUGGACGUGUGGCAUGAUUUGUUUACUUUUGAACUUUGGCAAAAAUCAAACAUUUCUACUAUUUUGAGCUCAAUUUCAUGUUACUUUUCAUUGUGAAACCAAUCAAAAUCAUCUCAGUUUCUAUAAUAUGUCUUCCAUUCAAUAAAAUAAGACCAGGAAAACUAGAAUACAACCAUAAAUACUAUAGGAAAAUACAGUGCAAAGUCGCUAUUUUAAACCAAAAACACGGUCAAAGUUAUUUUUUCUCAUUUCGCACUGUGAGCUGCAGGAUUUUUUUAUGCUGUGCACACUGACCACAUAGACCCAUUCUUUCAUAUGUAGGCCUACCAGCUUUCUCUUGCUAGAUUUGAAGGCGCUAGAAUUUAGGCAUACUAGUACAUCAAUAACCCUGGUGCAUAAGCCAUACUAGUACGUCGGAAACCCUGAAAUGGUUAAAUCACUUUUACCUUUAUUGAAGGCUCUUCUUGGCAUAUGGAAGACAGUGAGGUUAUUGUUUGGAAGGGGAAUCCCUCUCCAUGAGGACUUUAGGUAUCAAAGCCCUAUCCGGGGUUACUUCCCUUCUUUGUCCUUUACUGACACUAGGACCAGCUUGAGAGUCACUGGACCCCUGUCGCACAAAAAUCUGUCCAGAGAGGCCUGUUUCUGGCGUCUCUUUAAGAUUUGCCUAAAAUGGGACAUGACAAUGUCAUUGAACAUUUUGCUGAUACGGCUUGCAACAGCUUUGUUUGGGCGAUAUUUCUCCACAAAACUUUGCACCUCACUCCACUUUGCACAAAAGUCCUUAAUCGCUGAAGAAGGCACAUUCUCCCCUCUCUCUUCCUCCUCUUCUGAAGCAAUUUCCAUGGCUUAUAAGGUCUGUUGCUGUUCUAGAUGAAGGUUUUGCAGCUCUUCAGUGGUCACUGAACUAGUAACAGAGGCAGACUGAGUCACAAACGUAUGAGUGGCCGUGUCCUGUGGGCAGGCAGACACAUCUGGUAUGGACGAUUUUCGAGUGGAUGUACGAAAACGGAGAAAAUUUCGCCCAAAAAAGUGGCCGAAAACUGAAUUGUGCGAUAACCAGACCAUACGAAAACUGUGGUUCCACUGUACGUGGUUUUAGGAUAAUUUGUUGCAAGGUCUCGCAGGUACAACUUUUACUGUAGCUUGGACUUAGAUGCUUACAGAUAUAACUUGCGUUCACUGUAUCUCCCUUCAUCUGCUUCUCUCUUAUCCACAAUAAUAACAAUAUUUCCAUUUCUGUGACAAUUUCUUUGCCUUUUUUUCACCAAUUAAGAUUUGCCAGCCACUUUUUUUUGCUUGAUAGCAAUAGAGAUGGUUUAUUGUGGAAAGCCAUAUUUGUGCACCAGUUCAUUGAUUAUAACUCGUGACUAUCAUGUUUUUUCACAAUUUCGUGUUUGAUAUUCAGAGAGAUUGCCUGUUUACUGUGCACUUUAGGGGCCAUGAUGACUUGGUAUCAUACAAUAUGGCCUACUUAAAUCACAAAUACAUAUUCUUUCAACGAACCGGCUGUAUCCCACUGAGGCAGGGUGGCCCAAAAAGAAAAACGAAAGUUUCUCUUUUUAAAUUUAGUAAUUUAUAGAGGAGAAGGGGUUACUAGCCCCUUGCUCCUGGCAUUUUAGUCGCCUCUUACAACACACACAGCUUACGGAGGAAGAAUUCUGUUCCACUUCCCAUGGAGAUAAGAGGAAAUAAACAAGAACAAGAACUAGUUAGAAAAUAGAAGAAAACCCAGAGGGGUGUGUAUAUAUAUGCUUGUACAUCUAUGUGUAGUGUGACCUAAGGGUAAGUAGAAGUAGCAAGACGUACCUGAAACCUUGCAUGUUUCUCUCUCUCAACACACCGGCCGUAUCCCACUGAGGCGGGGUGGCCCAAAAGGAAAAACGAAAGUUUCUCCUUUUACAUUUAGUAAUAUAUGCAGGAAAAGGGGUUGCUAGCCCCUUGCUCCCGGCAUUUUAGUCACCUCUUACAACACGCAUGGCUUACGGAGGAAGAAUUCUGUUCCACUUCCCCAUGGAGAUAAGAGGAAAUAAACAAGAACAAGAACUAGAAAGAAAAUAGCAGAAAACCCAGAGGGGUGUGUGUAUAUAUAUGCUUGUACAUGUAUGUGUAGUGUAACCUAAGUGUAAGUAGAAGUAGCAAGAUGUACGUGAAAUCUUGCAUGUUUAUGAGACGGAAAAAAGGACACCAGCAAUCCUACCAUCGUGUAAAACAAUUAUAGGCUUUUGUUUUACACUCACUUGGCAGGAUGGUAGUACCUUCCUGGGCGGUUGCUGUCUACCAACCUACACAAAUACAUAUACAGUAGUAUCUCAAAUUUUUCAUCGCACUCAAAACUAAAUUCCUUAGUGAGGGUAAAUUGAAACUCAGAAUUAUUGCAACUCCAGCCCAUUGUAACUCAAGGGACCACUGUACUUAUUACUUCUUGCCUGAAAAUUGAGCCUGCCCAUGGAGCUGUGACCUCGGGUGGACAACAUUUUUCUUUGGUAAGGAUGGGGGUAAUUGAGAAGAAAUGUGAGGUUCAGUGCUGGACUUCUUUAAUCAAACAGCCAGUUCUUGCAUUGCUCUACACUGACUAUCUGGUGAGGCAGUAUAUUUGGACAGGAGCAAGCUAAUAUCAAAGGGCUGGGAACCAUUUUGGUUUCAUGGAUGCCAUUUUGUCACUUGUUGGUCACUCACAUAUACCUCUCAAGUAGUCCUGUGACCAUUUAUUUUAGUAAAUCUGUGAACCUUUUCUUGUUGGACUCAAUGAUAGGUGGAAGAACAGAGAGUUAAAAUUAGUUCAUUAAUGAGUAUUCUUCAUGAUUUCUCUUCUACAUUCCUGACUACUGUUCUGGCUUACAACUCAUAUUUAUCAAGUCCUUGUAAUACUUGGCAACAUUCCUUUUGCUCUACAAUCAAGUCAUAUACUGUUGGCUAAUUUAGGUCUUAUACCUGAUAAUUCUCGACCACCUCUUCACUAUAUUCAUAACAAGUCUCUAUGUUGGAUUCCAUUACCAUACACUGAAGGUGUAUGGCCCACAGAUCUGACCAAAGCCUUUUUUUUGCUUCAGUCCAGUAACUUGUAAAUGUUCUGUGUAAUUAUAAAGUCAGCUGAGUGAUUUUGACAACACAGCAGCUGGCCUAAGGGUCACUUUCCAUACCUAGCACCAGUGGUGGCUUGUAGCUAAAAUUAGUGGAGGUGCUGCUUCAAAAAAUUUUUAGCCAUUGUUUUAAUAUUGUGUAAAAUAAAAUAAGUAAAAAAAAUAUGAAUUAAAUAAAAUACGUGUAUCUGGAAGCAUGAUAAUCAUCUAAUUCUACACUUUAUCACAUUCAAGAAUAUGGUAUGUACAGGACAUGGUUUUUAAAAGCACAACACAUGUCGCUGAGUCAAAGGGAAACACUGCCUUACACUUGCACAACAGGGUCGGCACUGCGUCAGCGACAGUGCUCUCUCUACCUAGUGUGCAGCGUUUUAUCUUGGACAUGUGCGCAUGCACACAACAGCCAAACACCGAAUCGCUGGAACUGUGAAGCGCACAGUUCCAUACAAGGAUUUUUGUAAUUUUUUCAUGUACUAGGGGAUGGCUACUGACAUUAAGCUUAGGAUUAUAUAAUGUACAAGUAUGAAGAGAGAAUUAAAGACAGAAAGACUAAUUAUAUUGUAUGUUAUUGAUUAUGUCAAGUGAAAAUAGGGGGUGCUGCAGUUCUGCAGUGCCUAUACACGAGCCGCCACUGCCUAGCACAAUGGGGUAUGUGUAGUGUGGGUUAGUAAUGCUAAUUGAGUAGAAACCUAUCAAAAUUACAAAGUGUAGAUGACAAGACUGAAAUGUUUCUCAUUAUCUUUCCUCAUACAUUUGUUCAUCACUGAGCCAGAAUUGAACACACAAAUGUUAUUUUCUGGGAGCUACAAUUUCAACAGCUACUCAUCCUCAAAGUAAAAACUUUCGUCUAUCUUUUACAAAGACAGUGUAAAGCCUGGCUUUCAUUUUGAUCAGCAUCACUGAUUUCUAGCCCUUGGGCUUUAUCAUAUCUGCUCUGCUGUGUGGAAGAGGAUGCUUGUGUACAGUUCAGGACAAUAAUUAAAGGAAAUGUUUUGCCAGGAGUGUCUUCAUCAGUUCUGAGGACUGAUGGAGACACUUGGGGUGAAAUGUUUCCUUUAAUAGUGUCCUAAACUGUAAUGUUUUCCACAGUUUGUUGGUAUUACCUAGCAUUUACAACUAUGUUGUGUAUUGAGUUUGCCUCCACCAGUGCUUCAUUCAAGUCAUUCCACAUUUCAUCCACCCUAAGACCCAAGAAAUACUUACUUUUGAUGGCUGUGAGCCUCCCUCUACUGUGUACAUAAUGGGCAGCAGAGCUCUUACCUACUUCUCAACAGUGCCGUCAGUGCUGCUGGCAUUCCAGCCACCUCGUUAAACAUAAUCAGUCAUGCAUAGAUUACCCUACCUGUGCCUUCCCUACUCAUGAUGGUAAACUUUGCAAACUCUCUGCUCCAUUUCUGAAUUGUGUUGCAGAGAGGAAGAGCACGUACAUUCAGGCCAUGAACUAUCUUCAUGGAAUUGGUCUUCUUCCCAGGAUUUCAUGUGUUUGUAUGACUUCUUGACUUCCGUCUGAAGUGCAUAUUGCUUCUUUAUCUUUUGUACUUAACAGUUUUGAAGCCCCUCUUCACAACACCUUACUUGGUAUCUGAUUCUACUCAGUCUGCACAAUCUGUUUGUGCUCCUCAGGUGAUAACAGUGUAGGAUCCUGCAGGGCAAACUUCUACUCAUCUCUGCUUCCCAAGAUUCUCCUCUCAUGUUCUCACUUUCUUAGUUCAUGCAUUCUAUACAUUGCACGUCUGCCACCCCAGAAGUUUCUGCGACUCAUCCUCCCUCUCUUCCCAGUGAAUACCUGGCUCCUCCACAGCCUUCUGUGAUGAAUGUGUUAAAGGUACAAUCUCUCUACAGUCUCCUGUUGCUUCAUAAUACAAUCAACCCAUUCUUUUAUAGACAGAAGUACUGUAAUAAGUCUACAUUAAUGAUACCUACUGCUCUAUAGGUUUUGACUUUUCCCCUUGACUUUGAUUAUUGUCCAUGUAAUCAUUAACAUGAUAAAGAGCUUAAGUACUCACCUUUGCCCGACAUGACCAUUAACUUCACAUUCUCAAGCCUGUUAUAACAAUCUACCCCAUUUCUUCACAUUCUCAAGCCUGUUAUAACAGUCUGUCCCACUUCUUCAGCCUUCUCACAGCCUGUUAAUUCUAAUUUGUAGUUAAUAUGCUAUAAGUCUCUUGUGACCUCUUAUUGACUACCAGCAGAGUCUGACUUCACUGUGCAUUCACCCAUGUAACUUGUACUCAUUUUUUUUAUGUUUAGGCUAUGUUUAUUCUAUAGUGGAAUAUUAAAGGAUACAGGGAAGACUGAAGUGACCUCCAGGUGUCAGUGUCUCAGUUUUUUCCUGUGUGCAUUUAUCUUCAAGAAGCUGAACUACUCCAGUUUAAUGGCUUUCAUAUCUCUGACUAAAUUAUUUUACAGACUUUUUUCAUACCCUGAUGUUACUUGUAAUGAAAAUGCACAUCAAGUGUGCACUGAUGUUCCCAGUAUCUGACUGUUUUAUUAUUAUAAUAAUAAUAAUAAUUAAUAAUAAUAAUAAUAAUAAUAUUUUGGAAUUUUAUCAUUCUUGAGCACCUUUUCUUUCGAGAUAUUCACAUAUGACAAAUACAACAACUUUGAUAAAAAAGAACGCAAAAUUUUAUGUUGAGGAGUGACAGUAGAAUCACAAGGAUCAUAAAUUUUAGAAAAAAGUUGAGCUUUCAGCUAAGACUUAAAAGGAUGAACAUGUUUUUUGACUAUCAAACCACAGUACAGAAGAGAGUAGAACUCAUGGCAAUUGAGUCGUAAGACUACAGGCCAGCUUUAUAUGUUAAUAAAUAAAGAUUAAAUUCAGUUGUUGCCUUGAUAAGGAGCCAGUUCAGGUGAUACAAGUAAGGACUAGUGGGAACUCCAGGUGUUAACAAAAAUACCAAUCUACCUGCACAAUUCAGUACAGACUGGUGUCUUAUAAGCAAGUAAUAGGCAAAGUGACAAGCAAACCAUUGGAAAAAUCAAUUUGAGAGGAAAUAAAUCCAUGAGUAAGAGCCAAAAUAAAUAAUGGAUCAUGAUCCUCAUUAACUGUAUAGGGAUUACGAAUAUGAAGACUGGAAGAUUUAACUACCUGGUCAGUGCUGUAUGAUCCUUUCUGGUGUAGUACUUAAUUUCAUUAUAUUAUUUAAGAAAAAAGAUAGAUUUUAUUUCUUUGCAAAGUUUACAAUGUGUAAUUACAAUUUUGAUUUGUUAAGUACAAAGAAAGCCACUAUCAUGCUGGAGCAUUUUGAGCAGAAUAAACCUAAUGUUUACAGACUAUUUAAUGCUAGACAUAUAAAGAGUAGUAAAUUUUAUUUAUACAUCAUUUUUCUUAUUACAGAAUUCAUUACCUUUGUAACUUGUGAGCUCAUUACCUUUGUACCUAGUUCAGCUAUCAAAACUUUGGGGGCCCAGUCCCUGGACCCAUUACGUACCUCUGUAAUCUGUAAAUACCUUUGUAACUUGUCAUGAUUGUGACCAGACUUACCUGGAGUUCAUUACCUUUGUAAAUUGUGAGUUCAUUACCUUUGUAAAUUGUGAGUUCAUUACCUCUGUAACUUGCUCAGCUAUCAAAACUUUGGAGUCCAGUCCCUGGACCAAUUAUGUACCUCUGUAAUCUUUUGACUACCGCCCACAGGAUGGGUAUGGGGUGCAUAAUAAACAUAUUAAACUAACUAACUAACAGAGGUAGCUAGUGGUUUACAGUAAUUGAAUUUAUAGUUGAGAUGUAUAUAAAAAGUUACAGUAUUACAAUUUAGCACAGUUUACAGUAAUGAGAUUGAAACAAUUUUAAGUUUGAAAUAAUGCUUAAAUAAAUGAACAAUGGUAAAUUAUUUGGGAAUUUUUGAGUUGCUGGUAGGUGAUAAUGUAUAGUGACAAUGAAGCAUCCAGGUAAACAACCAGAUCCUCUACUGAUCUCACAGCUUGCAAACUAACACUGUCUCACUCAAAACUAUCCUCAGAUUUCAGCUGAUAAUCAAAAUCUCUCUUAUCCUUAUUUAGUUUAAAUUUUCUACUUGUUAUCCAAGUCAGAACUUCCAAAAAGAGGAAACCUAAAGAGAAUUUUGCUUCUUCCACAUUGGGACCCAUGUAUUGUCAGCAUAAAAAUGAUUAUCAACCGUAGCUUGAUCGCUAGCACACUUAGCUCAUGUACUGAGGUCCAGAGUUUGAAUCUUCUCUGGUACGGCUGGAAAACAUUAGGGACGGUUUCCAUAAGACACUUGACAUCCAUGUUCACCCAUCAGUAUAAAAUGGGUACAGUACCUGGGUGUUAGUCGACUGGUGUGGGUCGCAUCCUGGGACAAAACUGACCUAAUUUACCCAAAAUGCUCUGCAUAACAAGGGGCUUUCUAUAUAGUAGUAUGUCACUGAUGUCAGCUAGGCCUGUAUACCAUGUACAUGUACUUGUAGUAAA